GGCAGCCGCCCGGAAGCGGAAGCGGCGGUCGGGGUCCUUGGCCGUUGCCGAGGCGCAGUCCCGCGGCGGUCCCGGUGUCGGUCCCGGUCCCGUGUCGGUCCCGGUGUGGUCCCAUCCCAUCGCCAUGAGCGCGGCCGGGCUGGUGACUGCCGCGCCGCCGGCUCCCGCUCCUCCUGGGGUGGCAGCCCCCGCCAUGCCCCCCGGUCCCGAGUACUACGAGGAGGAGGAGCUGGAGAGCGCGGAGGAGGAGGACGGCGAGCGGAGCGCUCGGGCCCGUGACUCCGACGAAGACACUGAGGAUGCCAGUGAAACUGACCUGGCAAAACAUGAGGAAGAAGACUUUGUGGAAAUGAAAGAACAGAUGUAUCAGGACAAGUUGGCAUCUCUGAAGAGGCAGUUACAACAACUGCAGGAAGGUACCCUUCAGGAAUAUCAGAAAAGAAUGAAGAAAUUGGACCAGCAGUAUAAAGAAAGGAUACGAAAUGCAGAAUUGUUCCUCCAGCUGGAAACAGAUCAGGUGGAAAAAAAUUACGUCAAGGAAAAAAAGGCAGCAGCAAAGGAGUUUGAAGAUAAGAAAAUUGAGCUUAAGGAAAACCUGAUUGCAGAGCUGGAAGAGAAAAAGAAAAUGAUUGAGAAUGAAAAGUUAACCAUGGAAUUAACAGGAGACUCAAUGGAAGUGAAGCCCAUUAUGACAAGGAAACUGAGGCGACGACCAAAUGAUCCCGUUCCCAUCCCUGACAAGAGGAGGAAACCUGCCCCUGCUCAGCUAAAUUAUUUGUUGACUGAUGAGCAAAUAAUGGAGGACCUGAGAACUCUGAAUAAGCUUAAAUCACCCAAGAGACCAGCCUCUCCCUCCUCUCCUGAACACCUCCCAGCUACACCAGCAGAGUCUCCAGCACAGCGGUUUGAAGCCCGGAUAGAAGAUGGAAAACUCUACUAUGAUAAGAGAUGGUACCACAAGAGCCAGGCUAUUUACCUGGAGUCUAAAGAGAACACCAAGAUCAGCUGUGUGAUCAGCUCUGUGGGUGCCAAUGAGAUCUGGGUGAGGAAAACCAGUGACAGCACAAAGAUGAGAAUCUAUCUGGGACAGCUGCAGCGAGGAGUCUUUGUGAUUCGUCGACGAUCAGCUGCAUGAUUCUUUUUUUUUAAAAAAAAACCCAAUAGACAAACAAACCUCUGAUGGGAACUGGCAGUUUGUUCACUCAGCAGCAGAGAAUGCUGGUGUGACCCUUUACAAGACAGUUUGUGGCUGGCCAUAUAACCCCCAGUAGUCCUUAAAUCUUUAGUGGUACCCAAGCACUGUCCUGGACUAUUUCUGGAUUUUGCAUCAAGCUUCUUUAUGUUGUCUUUAUAUUUUAGGUGACUAUUUAAGAAGACUUUGCAUCAUGCGUGUUUCAUCAUUGUUUUGAGGUGCAUAGAUGGAACUAGGAUGUUGGAAACUAGCUUUUGUGUUUUGAAUCAGACCAAUGGAAGAAGCUUUGCUUGUAAGGACCUGAGGUUAUUUGUUCUUUUUGGUUUCGUUUCCCUGCAAGACUCAGGAUGUUGGGAAAAAGGUGAUUCUUGCCAGCUCUCAGCUGCAGCCAAGAGAUGAAUUUGUAAUACCUGGUAUUGGACAUCAGCCUUACUGGAUGAACUGGUCAAAGACUUGAGCACUGAGGCAAGUGAAGGAAAGUGAGUGGCUCAGAAACUGCUGAAAUGUACUUAUCUUAAUGUAGUUAAGCAGUCAUAUGUGGUUAAUCAGAAGCUUUUGUUUUUCUUUACGUUAAAAAAUCCUUCAACAAACAAGCAAAGAUUUUAUCUAUUUCUAUCCUGAAAUUGGUGGAAAAUUAUAAACCAAAGGGUUAAUUAACUGGGCUUUGCAGAUAGCAAGACGGUGAACAAUGUGUGUGAUACUGACACUUAAAGGAACAGGUAGUUUCUGGAAUCCUGCUUAUAGAAGAUACUGGAUCUAUUUUAUCUUCCAAACAAGUCUGAUACAGAGUAAGAAUCAGCACUGACACCAAAAGCUGUUAUCUUUGUUCCCAAAGUGUCAUACAAAAACCUUUUCCUUUGAAAGGUGUUUUAAUUACUGGAGGUGAUACUGGAUUCUACACAAGGUCUCCAGUAGCACAGUGAAAAUGCUCAAGUGAUGAUAUUGGUGUACUCUCUUCCAAGUUAUUUAAAGAUCCUCCUCUGGCAUUCCUCUGUUAUUCCCAGCCUUUGCUGACAGCUGAGACCACUGGUACCACGUGUGACUGCAUUGGCAUUAACUACACAGUGCACUGGCAAUGCUCUCAGAGCUUUGCCUUCUGUGCAGAUGAACGUUGUGCUUCUUUUGAUUAUGGGACUGAAGAAAAGUUGUAAUUUCUGCCUUUAUUGAUAUCUGUCAUUUUGAGACAUCCUUUGUUUCUGUUUUUUUUUACCAGCUUUGUUGUUCAGCAUCUAUCUAGCCUUUUUGUCAUAGCUGUGUAAAGAGAUUAUUUUAAAUUACUGCUUCCAUUUCUUUUCCUUCCUGCAGUUGGGUGGCAGUCACAUCCCAGUAACUGAUGUGCACAUGUAAAUUUGGAGUAGAAUUUUUGAUGUGUUGCCUUUGUGGUUGAGUCACCUUGCAUCUUUUCACCGUGUUUAGGGUUACAACUGGCUUUGGAGCCUUGGUGUGGAAAGGAGAAGGUGUCUGUUUCACUCCCCUUGAAAAUGUGCCACCUUGUCUGCAGUAUUUGUCAGGUGGAAAGCAGCAGGAUGUGUUUUGUCAGGUUAACAGCAUACUUCAUGGAACAGCAUUCUCUGCAUAUGUGACAGGUUUUUAAUAAGGUGGUGAUGUACACAACAGAAUUUUUCUGAGUCUUAAAAUGAACAUCACAGUUCUUAUAAUAAAAAGUGCUAAGUAAAUUGCAGGAUUUAUUUCCUAUAUCCUUUCAUCAAUAUUUAUGUUUGUGGAAAUAGCUAGGACCUUUGGUUCAGUCUUGCCAGCCUGCAGGUGAUCUCUUUGCUGCUGCUUUGUUAACUGUUUUGGGGUAACUUUAAGGUAUUGUUAGAAGUGUGGAAGUGCAGCAGCUCUUUCAGAGCCAGACAUGGUAGAGGUGCACAUUGUGUAAUCAUAAUUAUUUAGCUUUGAUGUCGUGUCUUAAUCUGAAUCAACAUCUGAUCACCACCCCUGUCCUGUGGCAGAAGGGUGGUAAGAACAGCAGCUGAAAGGAUGUGUUCCCAUCAGGUGGAGGAGGUAGGGAAGGUGGUGAAAAUUCUAUUCUAUAUAGAAUUCUUAGUUUUCUGGAAGUGAAUACCUGUGGGACUGUCAUAGCAUUUCCCUCUGCUGGGACCCCAUGUGGACACUCCAGUGAGCAGGCUGGGUGGGAAGGAGGAAGGGUAAGUGUAGGGUUGUACUGACUGGGCAAGUGGGUUAUGGAAACUGGUACAGAGUCAGGUGGUGUGUUGGCAUGAAAACUGUCAAAACUUGAUCUCAAACUCUUCUCUUUUACCUGGUCUUGGAUCUUCAGGAAGGAUGCGUGAGGUUUGGAUAACUUCCUUCUGUCAGGGUUCCUUAUCCACUGCUGGUUUCCCCAGUGCCUCUGGAUCAACAUUUGAACAGCAUUUUCUGCUUUGGACAGUCCUGAGCCUGGGUCUGUAGCCAGGUUUGCUCAAAUUUCACUACUAUGCUAAAGGUAUUUUGCUUCAGGGCUACUUCAUCCAUGGUUUGUUAUUUUAAUGAAAUGAAAGUCGUGGUUGAUCACCAUAAAACCCAGAUCUGUCUCCUCUUGCAGAGUUUAUGAAUAUUAUAUCCUGUUUUUUCAGGCAGGCUGUUCUGUAAUGGCCUGUGCCAUUCACAAGGCUGCAAACAGUGCAGUGGUUAUUGUGCACUUGGGGAAGCAGCACAUCUUUUAAUCCUAGAAGGAUGUUCAGAACAUGCUGUGGCAAGGAUGAGGCAUGAGGAGAUCAGAAGUAUAGACAUAAGCUGUAGAAAUGAAGAUUUUCUGACACUGGUUGGAAAAAUAGAGACAAGUUACUCAAGGAGAUGGACAAGUCUUGCUUAAAUUGAAAGAGAAAAUGGGCUUUUUUUGUCUGCCCCUUGCCUGUCUAACAUGAGUCUUGAAGAACUCAAAACCUCAGUGAACAGAAAUGGCUUUUCUACAGGUGUGAAAAGAUUUAACUCAUUAUCAACAGUGUUUAAAGUAAAUAAAUAGUUUUAAGUCCUUGUUAUAGUCAUGUUAAAAUGAAACCUCUGCCAAAACCAGAUUUUUAUUGAAGGUUAAAUUGUAGUUGGGUGUUGACUCAUAAUAAGCAUUUUUUUUUUCAUUCCCCUGCAAAAUGGACUGAUGUUGAUGGAGGGUAAAAUAAAAAAAGACCCAUGCCCCCCAAGCAUGAGAUGCCAAAGUGGGUGGGAAGCCAGAGCCAGAUCAGUGAACCAAAUUCCAGUAUGCUUUUUGGCAUCAUACUCACAGAAAGGUUUCAAAGAGUGUUUCCUAGGAUGAAUGCUAAUUAAAGACAUUUUCUUUUUCAGCUCUUGUUUUCUCUAGAAUUUCGUAGUGACACAAAGUGGUUUAACAACUGCAGCUUGAUUGUAAGCUUUUAUACAUUGCUAGGCCACUUACAUAAAUGAAGUCUAGAUGAGCAAAAUGUUGCUUUGUGACCCUCAUUAAUAACUGAGAUCCUUCCUCUUUCAGUAAAAAGAAAAACUGAAAAACCUUUUGGGUUCUUGCUCCACAGGAGUAGAGAGUAAAUUCUGAAUUAUUAAGAAAAUCUGUGUUUAAAGUUUGCUGUUACCAGUUUUGGUUUGACCUGUUCUAAAAAUAAAAAUUUAAUCUAACUCAAAGUAUUUA